AUGGAUGUGGUUGACAGCCUUCUCAUGAAUGAAAGCAACCUGACUCCCCCCUGUGAACUGGGGAUCGAAAAUGAGACGCUUUUCUGCUUGGAUCAGCCCCAUCCUGCCAAAGAGUGGCAGCCGGCCGUGCAGAUUCUGUUAUACUCCUUGAUAUUCCUGCUCAGCGUGCUGGGAAACACGCUGGUCAUUACGGUGCUGGUUAGGAACAAGAGGAUGAGAACAGUGACCAACAUUUUCCUCCUCUCCCUGGCUGUCAGCGACCUCAUGCUCUGUCUCUUCUGCAUGCCAUUCAACCUCAUCCCCAACCUGCUCAAGGAUUUCAUCUUCGGGAGCGCUGUUUGCAAGACCACCACCUACUUCAUGGGCACCUCUGUGAGUGUCUCCACCUUUAAUCUGGUCGCCAUAUCACUGGAGAGAUAUGGUGCAAUUUGCAAACCCUUACAGUCCCGAGUCUGGCAAACGAAGUCCCAUGCUUUGAAGGUGAUUGCUGCUACCUGGUGCCUCUCCUUCACCAUCAUGACUCCAUACCCAAUUUAUAGCAACUUGGUGCCUUUUACCAAAAAUAACAACCAGACCGCAAAUAUGUGCCGCUUUCUACUCCCAAGUGAUGUCAUGCAGCAGUCCUGGCACACAUUCCUGUUACUCAUCCUCUUUCUUAUUCCUGGAAUUGUGAUGAUGGUGGCAUAUGGAUUAAUCUCUUUGGAACUUUACCAAGGAAUAAAAUUUGAUGCUAGCCAGAAGAAGUCUGCUCGAGAAAGGAAACCGAGCUCGGGCAGCAGCGGCAGGUAUGAGGACAGCGACGGCUGCUACCUGCAGCGACCCCAGCACCCAAGGAAGAUGGAGCUGCGGCAGCUGUCCUCCGGCAGCGGCCACAGGGUCCACCGCAUCAGGAGCAGCAGCCCCGCGGCCAACCUCGUGGCCAAGAAGCGUGUCAUCCGCAUGCUCAUGGUCAUCGUGGUCCUCUUCUUCCUGUGUUGGAUGCCCAUCUUCAGCGCCAACGCCUGGCGGGCCUUUGACACCGCCUCUGCCGAGCGCCGCCUCUCGGGGACCCCCAUCUCCUUCAUCCUCCUGCUGUCCUACACCUCGUCCUGCGUCAACCCCAUCAUCUACUGCUUCAUGAACAAGAGAAUUGUGGAGGCCGCUUUGCACCUCAGGAGUCCAGCCCUCUUUCAGGAACAUUCUGUAACCACCCACCUCACCAUGACCGCACACGGGAACAGGGAGCAAACCCUCUUCUGGCCAUUUUCUGUAGUAAGAAAACAGCCUGACCUGUUCUUCUUGAGGUCAGUCAAGGACAUUCAGAGACAUCAGUUGAUAUCAUCAUCAGAACAGCAUAUGGAACAUUGUCUAAAGGAUGGAAUUUGGAACUUAUAUUUUUGAAAAGAGUAUGUAGCAAGUAACUGUCU